CGCUGGACUCACCGGCUAGUCAGCACCAUCAGCACCAGCAGCAUUCGCAGCACUUCCACCAAACUCGCAAGACGCCGAGCGUACAGCAGACCCGCUCGCAAUUAAUAAAGGAAGGCGUAAAGUUGCUGAUCCAGAACAAACGGAAGUUCAGUGGUGGAGAUUCGAGCGACGGCAAUGAAUCCAGCACACCGCUAACCAAGGUGUGCCGGCGACGUGAACCAUCCGGAACGGACCAACGGGAAUCCAGUGAUGACGAUAUGGACUCCAAAUCGAGCCCUCGCUCGACCGCUGCACUUACACCCGAGGACGAAGAUCGACGCCGGCGACGUCGGGAAAGGAACAAAAUCGCCGCCACCAAGUGCCGCAUGAAGAAGCGCGAGCGGACGGUCAAUCUCAUCAAUGAAUCGGAAACGCUCGAUGCCCAGAACAAGGACCUGAAAUCGCAAGUUAGCAAGCUGGAAUCGGAACGUCGGAAGUUGCUGGAAGUGCUGCAGGCCCAUGGUCCCAAGUGUGUGCACCAGAAGGGUUACCAACCACUUCCACUGCUGGCUAACCUACCCGAACUCAAUGGCACGACCAACGGUGGUAGCAGCAGCAGCAGCAAUACUGGCUCAUCAAACACUAAGUAUCUGAGCGAUCUGAAUUACGUCGAUCAAGGACAGGGCGAAGGAGAGAUCAAGUACUCUGAGUGUUUAAAAUCGGUGUCCGGUACUACGGCGGCGGCUUCCUCCUCAUCACCAGCAUUGGACAGCUUCACGAAGCAAGACUCUGGGGUGCUACUUCCACCCGGCUACUGCAAGCUGUCCCCCACGGAGCCAACCAAUUUCCUGCUUGAUUCACCCUCGGAACUGACCGGCGAUGGAGGUGGAGCUAGUGGGUCGGGUUUCCUCCCGCAGGGACCGAAAUCGGAAUACAUUCCCCUACCCGCUGGCUCUGGUUCCACGGCCUCACAGUCCACCCUACCGACAUCCACCGCUAGCCAACCCACUAAGAGCAACGGACGAGCGAAACCCGGACCGAAACCACGUCAGAACCGGAACCAGAACUCGGCAAACUCUACGAAAAUGUCCGCCACAAUCGUCUCCAGUGCCGCGGAUACAACGAUUUCUACAGCGAUCAACACUAGCAACAAUAGCAUCAAUAAUAACAACAACAAUAGCAUGUCGUACAUAAGCAAAGUCAGCAAUCCAUUGAUGGCCGCAUCGCUUAUGGCAACGACACCAUCUUCAUCGCCUGCCUCGAUCGCCUCUCCAGCCACGAUAUCUUCGUCCUGUUCUUCGGUGAGCGUUAGCAAUCCACUGCUUACUCUAGCUGCGGACGAUGAUUUUAUCCUGAAGAACGAGCUGAUCGAUACGUCCAGUCCGUACACGACGGUACAGAGUGCCGAUCGGUUUCUGUUCGAUUCAACGCUUGAUAUGUAUAACAAUAAUGCGCACAGUCCGAUGACGGUCGGCAUGAGCUGCCCCAGCACUUCCUCCCAGCAACAGCAACAAUCGAGCCAGCUCCUGCCACAACACAGCACCGUUACACUUAACAACAACAACCCGAACCUGCUGAACGAGAAUGACAAACUUAGCCAUCUCAGUGCGAUCAAGGAUAACACCUCGAAUGCGCUUCUCGAAUUUGGAGUUAGCUUCGACACACUGAAGCCAACCAACGUGGAUUAUACGCAACAGCAACAGCAGCAGCAACAACAGCAGCAACAACACCAACAACACACUAACGACAUGACACAUCACCUCCAUCAUCAACACCAUCAGCAGCAGCAGCAGCAGCUGCACCAGCACCAGCAGCAACAGCAUCAACAGGAAGCGUCAUCUGGUAUGGGAAGUCUGAUGGGUGGUGAUCCGACACUUGGCCAUCUCAUGCACCAUCACACCCAGCAACAAAGUCAGCUGCAAAGCCAGCAGCAACACCUUCAUCACCAACAUCAGCAUCAACUUCAGCAGCAACAGCAACACCAUCAGCUGCAGCUUCAGUUACAGCACCAGCAACACCAACAGCAACAGCUUCAACAACAGCAGCAACAACAGCUCGUUAACAAUGCCCUCGACCUGAUGGCCAACGAGUUCCUCAUGAUCCCCGGGGAUGACCCUAGCGAGUUCACCGAUCUGGACAGUGGCAUUACCGCUUACAACAGCAUCAACGGAUGUCUGGCGUGAGGCGACACGUCGUUCUAUCAGUGAGCCGUACGAGUAAAGACUUGAUUAGUUUGGUUUGUGUUGCAGCAAGUUGAUGGGAUUGGUUAACAAAUUUUUCUCUGUUAUUUUCUUUCUCAAUCUUUCAUGCACCCCAGAUGAACAGCUUUUCUCAAUUCUCAAUCAAUUCAUAUUUCUCUUUCGUUUAAUUCAUUCGCAUAGACGAAACCGGCAGAGGGAUCAAAUAUGGUUUUACUAGCCCUUUAUUGGUUUUAACAUGCUAUUUACUAUUCCUAACAAUAUAAAAGAAGCUCAAACACUGCAGUAUCACUUGUACCGCGAAACACGUGGCAUGCAAAAGUUUUGAAAGACAAAAUCAACUUGACAAAGUACACAACAACAAAAAGGGAGUAAGAAGCCAAACAAAAGACACUAACUGUAGUUAACCACGAAGCAAAGAGCGAGACAGAGAGAAAGACAAAAACCUGAGAUGAAAAGAAAAAAAGAGCAGGAAAAAGAAGCAGGACAUUAACGACAUGGAAGACGCGGUGGAAGCAGAAUGGCGAAAAUCAUAAGAUCGGAAAUGCAUUCCUUUUUGAGUGUAAGGUUCAAUAAUCGUAUCUCAUUUUAUGACUUCUAUACACUUUACUAAGCGUAAUUAAUAAUAUUAUUGUUAUUAUCAUCACUAUUCUUAUUGCUAUUAUUGCUAUCCUGCUAUCACUCUUAUUAUUGAUACUAUCGUUUACCGUUUCUGGCUCUUUUCGCCAAGUCUCCACUGCGUUCUCCAUAUGCGCUGUCUACCUUCUGGAGUCACUUUUUCCUGUCCUGUUUUUUUUUUUGCUCACUAUGCUCUAUCUCUCUUCCUCUGUCUUUCUUAUGUUUGCGUUUGCCGUUUUUCCUAUUCCUUUUAACACCCACUAGCUAAUUUUUGUCAUCCAAGCUCGCGACCAAAAAAGAACAGUUUUAUCUUCUUGCUGUUUUGGCGCUGGUGCUGGUGCGUUAAUAUACCGCGGUACUACCGCUUGAAUACGUGCGACAGCCGGGUUUUUGUCACAAGACAGUUUGUUAUUUUCUUUUUUAUUAAUACUUUUUUGUCAGAAGCAUGGCAUUAUGCGCGUGUUUCGGAAAGGAAGUACUUUUGUGUAAACCUCUAAUGGAAUGGGGGACGAUUGCGUGGAGCUGAAUGGAACACAAAGCAAAUGGAAAGGGAAGGAGAAAGACAGAAUGAAGCGAGAGGUGUGACUGUGGGGCUGGUUAUGGGGUGUGGUGGCAUUAAUGCAUGUUGGACGUUGGCAACACAGAGUGUACCGCGCGCGUUGAGGAUUGCGUGUGAAGUGCCUGAGCCUACUUUGACGAUGGCUACUCCGUUGUUUUUUUUUACUUCUUUGGCUUCCUCGUGACUUCUUCCGUUCACAAUUCAUCCGUUUUGGGAAGAGAGCGAAAGAGGAAGUGAUGGAGUGCGGAACACAAGGUAAAUUCAUUAAUUAAAUUACCAUUUACCAGUGCCGCUACCCACCACCGAUGCCAUGCCACGAGCAAACUGUACUAGCACCACAUUGCAACGAGCAUACCUUCUCAGGCAAUCUUUCUCUCUCACUCUGAUGUCCAAAAUGGAGAAUGCGAUCUUACCCAGCAUCAGUUUUGGGGGAAAGAUUAAGCUUUAUUUACUUCUCCAUUAUUGGAAUUAUUCGGCGAGUAAGUCUGAUUGAUUGCAAGAAGAGACACACAAAGAUGCUUAGCAAAGGCGACAAAACCCUACGCGCUUACGUGCCUUCAUUGUGACGAUCCCGCACAAGCGACAGAACCUGCUGGCACUGUCCACUGACCAUCAUUAAGCCCAGCAACAUUCCAUCAUGAGCACACGCGAACCAAGGCUUAGGAUACUCAAAAAUCUUCAGUUUCAUACGUCCAAAAGCAUGUAUAAUGUGACGAGGAACAGAUUCCACCCAGGCAACACAUAACGACCAAGCGAGGGAACAAUAUGUUAGACUGUAGGACACAGAUCGUUUUUUUACCACGUUUAGCCAUCACAUUUAGGCACGGUCUUGGCCAGGUUCUGGUGGCGCAUGUACCGAGGGAAUGUUAGCAAACAAACUGAACCAAACCAAACAACUAGUGUACGAUUGUUAUUUCGAUUGUUUCUAUAUCUUUUCUUCUUUGCAAGAGGACAGGCUGUUAAAAGGGGGAUAAAAUCCCCGAGCCGCUCACUAACCAACGGAUAGUUACCAAUUACCCUGUUGCGAGUGCCGCGUGGCUGAUGAUGGCCACGCGAAAAAACCGGAUAGUUACCAAGAGGGGGUCAGAUUCAUUGUUUUAACUACUUAUUUUAAAGACUUACGGGUGCCAUAAGGUUAACUGUUGUGCUGCAACUGAUCAGCCUUCUUUGUGGGAAUGUCCUGGUGUGUAAUGUUAAGGCAAGUGCAUCGUGCGUCAUGUGUCAUCCUCUAAGCGCAUGUGCUCGAUUGUUCGAAUUGAUUUCCCUUAGCAUUGAACCCAUUCUAGGGGAAUUCAAUGCUAAAACAUAGUAGUUCAGUCUAGUGUUUGCCAAUAAGUGCGAUCACAAUUUAACCGCCAGGAAUCUGUUCCUCCAUCACAUUAGUUCGUAGAUUGCGGCAGGGCAAAUUUAUUCAAAUUCCUAUUCGAUCCCUCGUCAGUUCGCCUUCUCUACUCGAGCACCCAUACACACCCCCUAGGGACACAUCACGUUGUAAGUACGAGCGACCAAUUUAGUGCUAGGCUACUAUACAUAGACGUUAAACGAUAAAUACCGAAAGCUUACUGUGACAUAAUAUGUAGUGUGUAUAAGAUACGAACGGCCGCGAAGACACAAUCACCGGAUAUGGAACGAAAAGGAAGGCGAGG